AUGUGCAAUACAAUAAUAGUUACAAGAUGCCAGUCUGCUUUCGAGCAGAGAUGUAAUAAUACAAGUGUUAUACAGUUCAUGACCGCAGUCCCUCAAGGUCUCGAGCCGCAGACUUCCGCCCUGAAGGAAGCCGCCGAGCUCAGCCCCGUAAACAGACAAGACCGACAUAUUGGAGCACGUCAGUCUACCAGACAAAGCCAGGAGGAUAACCGCGCCAUCUGGCUAUCCGUACGCUUACAAGCGCACCCCUUGGUCUUCGGAAAGGGUACCGCUCGCUAGCUAGGAAAGAAGGCGGCGUUUCUGCUCGUCUUCUCGACUCUCUAAAGGUAGCCCAGCUGUACCUCGCUGUCUUCACUCUUUGGUCCGCUGGGUGGGAACCUCCCCCCUCGCUAGCUUGUAGUCAACGAGCGGACCAUCGUUGUAGCUCCCUCCUCUUUCUCUUGCUUUUUCUCACUUUCUCCUUUCCCUCUCAGCUACC